GUGAACAACCAAAAUAUUCAAUCUGAAAGUGUUUACACAACUCUCGAUUCAUCCAAGUUAUCAUUAAUUUCCCCAACACUAUAUAUAUACCUAGCCCCUGAGAAACAUUUGGUCAAGAAGUUCCACAAUGGCACAACCUCAGGUUAAUCAAGUUUAUCCCAACACUUACACAUUAACACCUCCUUUCUCAUCAUCAACAACUUCCAAUUCCAAUCCCAACAAUUCCGUUGCCAGUGGCUCGUUCCGGUCGGUUUUUGUUGUUCUGGCCAUAGUGGUUGCGAUCUCGGCCAUUGCUUGCUUGUUCGGACGAAUAUGCAAUGGCCGGAAGAAGCGCGAGAAGGGCGCGAAAGAGCCGAAAAAGGGCAAGGACGAGCACCGGAAGGUCACUCCCAUAGGUCCUAAAGAGUGGGAGUCGAGGCAAAAGCCGAGUUUCAGAGACGGAGAGAUCGAGUUUGGGUUCGAUAACAAGAGGAUGAUGCCGCCAUCUUCUAAUAAUAGUAACAACAAGAAUAAGGUGGUACAUCAAGGAGUUCCAAGAGGGCCAAAGCCAUAUCUUCAGCAUGGUCAAGGUUUCAAGGGACAUGUGCGCUUUGCUGACAAUGUUUAGAAAGAUUCAUUAUAUUUAUGGACGUUUUUACAUUUUCCUCUUUCCUUUUCUUUCCAAGUAUUGACCUGAUGACAUUAUUGCUUGAAAUGAAAUGGGGGCUGUUCUGUUUUAAUUUUAGGCAUGAAAUCUAUUUUGCUUUAUUUUUAUAGUUCAGACAAUAUGCAGGGGAAAAGAGAGAGGAUAUAUGGGGUGUGUGUGUGUGUUAAUUGUUAAGCAUAUGUGAAUAAAAUGGAUUUGAGGGU